AUGUUUAACAAUCAAUUUUUACGAUUAUUAUUUGUUACUGUGUUUAUACUUAUCAAUUCUUUCGUUUGGUUGACAUCAAGUGAAUCUGUUACACAAAACUUUGACGUUGGUACUUACAAAGGUGACGUGAAAGAUGGAAAACGGGAGGGAAACGGAGUAUUUGAAUGGAAGUCGGGCGAUCAAUAUGACGGACAUUGGAGUGAAGACAAAAUGAGCGGUAAUGGAACAAUGAUUUGGGCAAAUAAGAAUAAAUACGAGGGAAAUUUUGAGAAUGAUGUGAUGAGCGGUCAUGGAACAAUGACAUGGAACAACGGAGAUCGAUAUGAUGGAGAAUGGAAGGAUGGAAAAAUAAACGGUCACGGAAUAAAAGUAUGGAAAAAUGGCGCGAAAUAUGAGGGAGAUUUUGUAGAUGAUGAACUGCAAGGUCAGGGUACAAUGACUUGGCCGGAUGGAAAAACAUUUAACGGCAAAUGGAUUAAAGGUAAAGCAAGUGGCGCAAGUACAUCCGACGGUGAGUUUAAAAGAGGUCACGUGUCACUGUUUGUGCAUACAUUUCCUUGA